CGUUACUAUACGAGGUCAUUGUAUUUUUUGGGCUGUACCAAAUGAAGUUCCUAGUUGGUUGGUCAAUCUGCCUAAACGUCAAUUGUAUGGUCGAAUGCAACAAAGGAUGGAAGACUUAUUGGGCCGAUACAGCAGAAGGUUUGUUCACUGGGACGUCAACAACGAAAUGCUUCACGGUAGUUUCUUUGCUGAUCGUUUCGAUAAGUCAAUCAGAGAAUGGAUGUUCAAAAGAGCAGCUGAACUCGAUGCUGAUGCUGAUUUGUUCAUCAAUGAUUUUGAUGUAGUGGAGAAUAGCCAAAUGACGGAGCUCCUGGUGGAACAAGCUAAGGAGUUGAUAGACAGGGGUGUGGACGUGGAUGGAAUAGGCGUACAGGGACAUUUCACAGGCUCUAUUAACCCAGUGCUUCUGAGGCUGCGAUUGAAUACCCUAGCCGAAGUUGGUCGCCCAAUAUGGCUGACAGAAGUCGACAUUCUAAACAAGGAUCCAGUCGGACGAGCUAAUAGUCUAGAGGCUUUGAUGCGGACGGCGUUUAGUCAUCCUAGUGUACAUGGUAUAAUGUUCUGGGCGUUUUGGGAUCGUAAUUCGUGGAGAGGACCUGAUGUAGCUUUGGUUAAUGGAGAUGAGUGGAAGCUCAACGCAGCAGGUGAAAGAUACAUCAAACUACUAAAUCAAUGGACAACACGAGAGAUUUUAUCCCCAACCACCGUCGACAAGCACGGAGCAGAAGUGCGCUUUUCAGGUUUCUAUGGCGACUAUGAUGUAACUGUCACUCUCCCAGGAGGUAACGUCAUCAAGAAACAGUUUACUCUGGAGCCUGGGUACGAUGAAUUUAAUUUGAAGAUCGAUAUAGGUAAUCAACCUUACUUCCACACCAGUCCACCACCCGUACCACAGGAAACCCAAGACUUUACGAAACAACUCAACAAUAUCACAACUCAGUUGAACAAUCUUCUAUUGGAACAAGGGCCCGACCAAAGACUACCAGACGAAGGGGUUAGAGAGGAGGAAACAGGAUGAAUCGCGUCUUGCAAUGCAAAAUAAUCCUGAUAAAUCUGCGCCAGAAUUCAUUGGAGGUGUACACGUCACGCGUGACGUUAUUUUGGUGAGCAAUACACUGUGGUAUUACUACGUCAAGAAAUAGAUUCAACGUCUGUCUACAACACACACUUAGAGUAUCGACUUAUAAUAAGCUUAAAACUUCAAAACUAUUUGAGGGGGAAAAGGGAGGAAAGGAUGAAAGAAAGAAAAAGAAAAAUUAAAACCAUUUUUAUUUGAAGAGAUAGCUUUUAUUUGGUGACAAAGAUCAACUAACAUUGCUUGAGAAACUAAUCAUAUGAAAGAACUGUUUGCGCAUGAAUGACGUCAAUAUCACGUGAUCUUUGGUCAAAUGAAAAAUUCCUGAAAAUUCGCCACUCUCGAAUAAUUUAUGCAUCAUGUUUUUUAAAAAAAGAUUCGACUUAAUUUAUAUUAAAGUCGCCCAAAACUUUAGUCAAUUGUAAUUUACAAAUGUUCUGAUUUAUUUCUUGAUAUAUUUUAGAUAGCAGGAUUAGGUCUUAUUAGGAUUUCGUUAGAGUUUCGUAAGGUCUUCGUUAGGUUAUCGUUAGAGUUUCGUAAGGUCUUCGUUAGGUUAUCGUUAGAGUUUCGUAAGGUCUUCGUUAGGUUAUCGUUAGAGUUUCGUUAGGUCUUCGUGUGGCACUCGGAAGGAAUCGCUAGGGUUUGAUACCCACGCGGACACUGAUGAAAAACGCACUGCGCAUGCGUUGGGAGAAAAACAAAAUGGCGGACAAUAACAAUUGAUCACAUCUAAAGGUAGGUUUUAUUUUAACCGACAGGGCUAUUUUUUAAAUAUUCGUUUUGGAAUUUUACAGAUAUUUUUGAAUUUCUUUACAUAGAAUCCGACCAUGUGAUUAUCUGCUAAUUAGCCAUGCUGAAUGUCGACGUCGGGCCGCGAGUGGCGGCAUUUUCAAAGAUUAUUUUUGCUUUGUAUAAACAAAAGUUUUUUUGUAUAAAUCAGCAGUGUAUCACUAUCGAAAUUAUCUUGCUAUUGCGAAAAGGACAACCUUAA